UUUUCCUUGGAAAUCAUGCAAAACCAAAGCUUUGUAACUGAGUUUGUUCUCCUGGGGCUUUCACAGAAUCCUAAUGUUCAGAAAAUAGUAUUUGUUGUGUUUUUGUUUGGCUACAUUGCAACUGUUGGGGGCAACUUGCUAAUUGUGGUGACCAUCAGCAGCAGCCCAGCACUCUUGGGGUCUCCUAUGUACUUCUUCUUGGCUUUUCUGUCCUUCCUGGAUGCUUGCUUCUCCACUGUCAUUGCCCCCAAGAUGAUUGUGGACUCCUUCUAUGAGAGGAAAACAAUCUCUUUUGGAGGUUGUAUGACUCAACUCUUUGCUGAGCACUUCUUUGCUGGGGUUGAAGUGAUUGUCCUCACAGCCAUGGCCUAUGACCGCUAUGUGGCCAUCUGUAAACCCUUACACUACACAACUAUCAUGAACUGGAGGCUCUGUAGCAUUCUGAUGGGCAUAGCCUGGAUGGGGGGUUUUCUGCAUUCCAUGAUACAAAUUCUCUUUACUUUCCAGCUGCCUUUCUGUGGCCCCAAUAUCAUUGAUCACUUCAUGUGUGAUUUGUACCCAUUACUGGAGCUUGCCUGCACUGACACUCACAUCUUUGGCCUUUUAGUGGUCGCCAACAGUGGGUCUAUCUGCAUCAUAAUCUUCUCUUUGUUGCUUGUCUCAUAUGUUGUCAUCUUGCUCUCUCUGAGAACCCACAGUCCUGAGGGGCAGCGGAAAGCUCUCUCCACCUGCGGAUCUCACAUUGCUAUUGUGGUUUUGUUCUUUGUCCCCUGCAUAUUUGUGUAUGCACGACCUCCAUCUGCUUUCUCCUUUGACAAAAUGGUGGCUAUAUUUUAUACCAUUCUAACUCCUUUACUCAAUCCUUUGAUUUACACUUUCAGGAAUAAGGAAAUGAAAAAUGCCAUAAAGAAAGUGUGGAGCAGAGUAAUGAUGGUUUGUAGUGAUAAAUAA